UGACCUUCGCGCAAUUAUAAAAUUAAAUUUUUCUUCAUUCGGAAAAAUGAAGCCGAGCGCGAUCCCACCUUUGCCUUUUAUCAAAAAAUUGCGAAAUUAUUUUAGAGAGUAUUGUGUGUGCACGAGCAUUCAUGGUUUCCGCUAUUUCGGCGAAAAACGCACCAUUUUCGAACGAAUUUGGUGGUUUAUUAAUUUCGUGAUUUGUCUCGCCGCUUGUGGGUAUUUCAUACACGCUGUGUACCAAAAGUGGGACUCUAGUCCGGUAAUUGUCUCUUUUGCAACGACCAGAACUGUGAUUUUCGAUAUCCCGUUUCCUUCGGUUACGAUUUGUCCGGAGUCGAAAGUCGUUCCGAGUAUUUUUAAUUACACGAAAGUGCUCCAAAAGAAGGAAAAUUGGCUUAAUGUGACGGAAGCCGAAAAUACAAAUUUUAAUUACUUGGCAUUACUGUGUGAUCCUCGAGAGAUCGAUUUUUAUUUUAACUUCACUGAUUACGAACAAACUUAUUCAGAUGAGUUUUUCAACGUAAUUAACGAGGUUAAGCCAAAAUUUAACGUCCAAGAUUGUCGUUAUAUGGGGCGGAGCAGAAACUGCAAGGAGCUUUUUACCCCAAUUUUGACAGACGAAGGGGUUUGUUACACUUUUAAUAUGCUUGAUCGGAGGGAAAUUUUCAAUGCGGAAGUGGUUAAUUUUCGUAAUUACCACCACGUGGGUCGCCUGUCCCAUCGCUGGUCCAUGAGCAAUGGGUACGCCCAGGACGCACAGAUUCGCACUUACCCACAACGAGCUCUUUACCCCGGUGCUCGAAACGGCCUAACUUUCAAUAUUAUGACCAAAAAUGAGGACCUAGACUACGCUUGCACCUCCAUGCAAGGGUACAAGGUGUUGUUGCAUACACCCAUAAGGUUGCCCAGACCCAGCCAACAAUUUUUUCAACUCCCUUUGGACCAGAGAGUUGUCGGUGCAAUUCAUCCCAUCAUAAUCACAACUUCUGAAUCGGUGAAAAAAUUUCCACCGGAAAAACGGGAGUGUUACUUCCCCACUGACCGCAAGUUGAAAUUUUUUAAGAUUUAUUCGGCGCUAAAUUGCAGGCUUGAAUGUCUCACGAACUACACCUUAAAAAUGUGUCGGUGUGUCAACUUUUUCAUGCCACGGGAGAAUGGGACAAAAAUUUGCGGUACGGGCAACAUCGACUGCUUGCUUUACACCGAAGCUGUGAUGCAACUCAAGCAUCUCAGAAGCCAGCUCAAUGAAACCAAACAUGGAAAAAUCUCCGGUAGUGGCUUGGAUUGUAAAUGUUUGCCGAUUUGCGACGACAUAACUUACGAAGUGGACGUUUCGCAAAGUAACUGGGAUUGGAGAAAACAGAUAGUGGCUCUAGGGCCGAAAUAUCAGAACUAUAGCACUGAUAAGAUACACAUGUCCACACUGACGCUCUUUUUCGAAUAUAACAGUUUCAUUCGAUCGCAACGUAAUGAGCUUUACGGCCCGACCGAUUUUUUGGCGAAUUUUGGCGGACUUUUGGGGCUUUUUACCGGAUUUUCUAUCCUUUCGCUGCUGGAAAUUAUUUAUUUCUUGUCGGUUAGGAUGAUUUGCAACCGGUAUUUGUACGGGUUUUGGGCAGGGCCUCAAAUGUAGAUAUUUACCAUAUGUUUGCACAUUUUUUAUUUAUUCUUGCACAUAUUAAAUAAUAUACCUAUUAACACUA